GAAGUUCUCGGAAUGUUUUAACGGAAAUGGUCGGCACGGGUUCCACUUCUUUUAUAUUUUUCAAGAACCGAGGCGUAAUGCGACCUUAUCUUAUCAGCGGCGAGCCGUAACAGACAUGGAUUAUGAAAAUCCUUCGCACUCAGUGGGUCGUGGGCACGGACGGAAAUUGCUAGAAAACUCGCACGUCUUGGGAUCCUGGUGCGCUGCUUCAAGCCCCGGGGUUAAGCUUUUCCGCAUGCUUCUUUGGAUCGCCUCACUCGUGCUCUCGCUAUGGCGCUCCAGGGCUUAAGAAGACGGCCCUGUUUCUUCUCCAUGGCGGAUGGGGCGGUCAGAUCAAGCAGGUAAGCCAGUGAGGUAUUUCAGGAUGCAUCACCACCAGCAGCAGCAACACGGUCGAAGAUCAUGUUGCCACGGUUUGAAGCUGUGGAGGAUAGUGUGGAGCAUACAGGUCCUUCUGGCAAUGCUGGUGGUAACAGUCAUGGCUACCAGCCUGGUGCGGCUCUACUUUAUGGGUUUCUUCGGCAAGGACCAUGCUCACUUCUUCAAUCGUCCUUGGUCAACUCUGGGAGGGGACACUCAGCACAUUGACAGGCAAGGGAUGGUAGUGGGUAGUCCUCAGCUAGAUUCACUAGUAUCAAGUGUCAGCAGUCUCCAGGGGAAAGUAGGCAAGGCUAUGGAGUCGAUCCAGGAGAGCAUGACUACGGGACAGGGAGAAAAAUCGCCGGAGUGGCAGGAGCAGAGCAGGCUUCUGUUGGACGUUGCUGUCGCUCUUGACCAGGCCAAGUCACUCCUCAUGCAGCUCAAAAUCACUGGAUGCGUGCAGCAGAGUACGGCAGCGUCCAAAGUCCAAGACAACAAAACCUCGAACUUGGAGUCUUCUAGCUUCGGCGUGGAGGAGAUUAACAAGUACCUUCUUCCCAGGGAGCAUAGGCUGGAGCCUGGAAAGAAAAACUUCAUGGGAGGGAACGCAACGUUUCCGUCCGUCGGGCUGGCCUGUGCUACGUCGAUGAAGGCAGAGCUGGAGCAGUACAUGGACUACGACGUCGGAGAUUACUGUCCGGAUGAUUGGACGCUGGGACAGAAGCUCUUGGUGCAUGGAUGCGAUCCUCUUCCUCGAAGGAGAUGCCUUGCCCGAGCACCGCAGUUAUACCAGAAGCCACUAGCUGCAAAUGAGUCGCUGUGGCGGAUUCCGGACAGCCGAAACGUCCGAUGGAACAACUACAAGUGCAAGAACUUUGAGUGUUUGGCUGGGAACAAACCAAAGAACGGCACUUCAAACUCCUCAUCCAGCAAGGGCUUCUACAAGUGCUCCGAGUGCUUCGACCUCCUUGGAUAUGAGAAGUGGAGAUGGGUGACGGUGAAUCUAAGCACAAGCACGGCUGCGGACUUCCGGAUCUCCGAUGUUCUGGCGCUCAAGCCCGCGGGGGAAAUCCGGAUUGGAGUCGACUUUAGCGUUGGGACAGGGACGUUUGCUGCCAGGAUGAAGGAGCACAACGUGACAAUCAUCUCGGCCACUCUAAACCUCGGUGCACCCUUCAACGAGAUGAUCGCCUUGCGUGGACUCGUCCCGCUCUAUCUCUCCGUCAACCAGCGCCUUCCUUUCUUCGACAAUACACUGGAUAUAUUACAUACGACGCUUUUUCUGGAUGGCUGGAUCGAUCACAUCCUACUGGACUAUAUUCUCUUCGACUGGGACCGUGUUCUUCGUCCGGGAGGUUUGCUUUGGAUCGACCGUUUCUUCUGCCCGAAGCAAGACAUUGAUGACUAUCUUUACUUCUUCCUCCAGCUGCACUACAAGAAGCAUCUCUGGGUGGUUACUCCGAAGCUGGACAAAGAUGGAAAAGAGCUCUUUUUCUCGGCCGUGCUAGAGAAACCGCCCAGGCCCUUUUGACAUCCAAGUAAAUCUCGGUCUAUUUUACUUU